UCGUUGGUCAGAGGUGAAGAAUUCUGUGUGACAGAAUUUAUCCUGCCCUGGAACUGACACUUCAGAGAUUAUGCCGUCUUUAUGUUAUGUUGACUCAUUUGCAGUACUUUUCAAGAAAUAGAUAAGAUGUACUGAUGAUAUUGUAUACAAGGAUCUAUAACUAUAAUCAUGUGGCGGUUGCAUAUCUCUGUAGUCCUUUUCUAGCCUAAUAGGUCUAGACUUGAUUAUUUUGAUUUGAUGAACUUAACUGUUACUUCUAAAUGUAGAAACAAUGAAAAGUGUGCUUUUAUCAGUGCAAAAGACACUUUUUGUGAAGAGUGCCAAGACUUUUGACCGUGUCAGUUUGUCACUUCCCGCUCCAUUUUGGUGAUAUUUUGUGUUGAAUUUGGGGAAACAAAUUCUUGUUUCAGUUAUGUUGAGCUAUUGUGGUUUGUUUGUUUUCUCAAAAUAACUCCAAAAGUGUGUGUAUUUUGCUUAAAAACCAACAUUUCUAAAGGGGUGCCAAUACUUUUGUCAGUGACUGUAGCAAAGACCUCCUUUAAACUUUACCUUUCGUUAUCUAUUCAUCUGUACAUUUGUUUAACCCUGAAAACUUAAACAAAGUGGCUCAUCAUUUCCUGGCAGUUAUGUGUGUUUGUUUUGAUCAGUUGAAUGCCCUUGGCCUAUUUUAUUUUUUUUCAAAGAGAGGCAAAAAUAUCAGUUAGCGGAGAGGACGGCUACUGGCUGCCAAUUUUCUCCUAGGAAAGUCUAUUUUGGCAUAUUUAGAUGGAGAAAGUGAUCACCAUGACCAGGCGACUCAAAUCAAAAACAUUCUUACUUUUUUCCCUCAUCAUAUACCUCCAAUCCACCUGUUGCACAGAGCUGCCCUCAGAUGACUGUGUGCUUAAAACGUGUUCAGAGGGUCAAAUCUGUGUUGAAGCUCCUGCGGGUUCUAAGAGCUCCUGCGCUUGCCCUCAAGGAUACCAAGGCAGUGCAUGUGACCAGGACAUCAAUGAGUGCUCAGCAGGCUCCAACCCUUGCAAGCACAGUGGGCGCUGCAUCAACACUUUGGGCUCCUACAGCUGCCAGUGCCUGCUGGGUUAUAUGGGCUUACAUUGUGAACUGGAGGUGAAUAAGUGUGAAUCAAACCCCUGCAAAAACAAUGCAUCCUGCCUUAAUUUGAUUGGACGAUACAAAUGUAUCUGCAAAUCAGGCUUUGCUGGUCCACAGUGUGAGGAUGUUGUCUGUGGUCAGCACAUUUGUCAUAAUGGGGGAACGUGUGUAAAAACUCUAAAUGGUUCCUCUUGUCAAUGUGGAAAACAGUGGACAGGUCAGUACUGCACAGAGAAGGACUGCUUUUCCUUUGGUUGGUGCAAAAAUGGGGGAAAGUGUGUAAGAACAGACACAGGGAGUCACUGCGAAUGUGCGCCUGGCUGGACUGGAGAGGACUGCAGCGAGAACAUUGAUAAGUGCGUAAAUGCAGCUUGUUCACAGGGAGCAACUUGCAUUGACAGAGUUGACUCGUUCAGCUGUGUUUGUCCGUAUGGACGCACUGGUCUGUUGUGUCAAUUAGACGAUGCCUGCAUAACCAAUCCAUGUCCACAAGGUAGCAAUUGCGACACAAACCCAGUAACUGGGAAAUUCAUCUGCACCUGUCCUACAGGAUAUGUGGGUCGUGACUGCAGUGUGGACGUUGAUGAGUGCUCAUUAGGGCACCCAUGUGAGCAUGGAGGGCGCUGCAUCAACACUGUUGGGUCCUUCUCCUGUCGGUGCCCAGUUGGUUACGCAGGCUCACGCUGUGAGUUAGAAAUUAACGAGUGUGCAUCCAAUCCCUGCCAAAACGGUGCAACAUGCCUUGACCAGAUUGGAGGAUACAUAUGUAUCUGUCAUCAAGGAUAUCUGGGUCGUGACUGCAGUGUGGACGUUGAUGAGUGCUCAUUAGGUAACCCAUGUGAGCAUGGAGGGCGCUGCAUCAACACUGUUGGAUCCUUCUCCUGUCGGUGCCCAGUUGGUUACGCAGGCUCACGCUGUGAGUUAGAAAUUAACGAGUGUGCAUCCAAUCCCUGCCAAAACGGCGCAACAUGUCUUGACCAGAUUGGAGAAUACAAAUGUAUCUGUCAUCCAGGUCAGUACUGCACAGAGAAGGACUGCUUUUCCUUUGGCUGGUGCAAAAAUGGGGGAAAGUGCUUAAGAACAGACACAGGGAGUCACUGCGAAUGUGCGCGUGGCUGGACUGGAGAGGACUGCAGCGAGAACAUUGAUGAUUGCCUAAAUGCAGCUUGUUCACAGGGAGCAACUUGCAUUGACAGAGUUGACUCGUUCAGCUGUGUUUGUCCGUAUGGACGCACUGGUCUGUUGUGUCAUUUAGACGAUGCCUGCAUAACCAAUCCAUGUCCACAAGGUAGCAAUUGCGACACAAACCCAGUAACUGGGAAAUUCAUCUGCACCUGUCCUACAGGAUAUGUGGGUCGUGACUGCAGUGUGGACGUUGAUGAGUGCUCAUUAGGCCAUAACCCAUGUGAGCAUGGAGGGCGCUGCAUCAACACUGUUGGGUCCUUCUCCUGUCGGUGCCCAGUUGGUUACGCAGGCUCACGCUGUGAGUUAGAAAUUAACAAGUGUGCAUCCAAUCCCUGCCAAAACGGCGCAACAUGUCUUGACCAGAUUGGAGGAUACAAAUGUAUCUGUCAUCCAGGUUUGUAUAUGUUGUAAACGUUUGUAUAAGCAUGUGUGAUCGUUGAGUAGUAACGUCACCAUCUAACAAUUGGUUGGCCUGGGUUACUCAACCCGCCGUUGCGAAUCUGUGCCAUUUUGGAUAAAACUUUCACUUUCACUUUAGUCAACGUUACAUAUUGUAGUCAGUCUUUGUUAUUUGUAUCUAUAUUUUAUUUGUAUGUUGUUGUGCAGUUUGUUGAUUCAGGACCUAUCCUGCAUAUUCUUUAAAUACUACAGAAUAAUAUGCGCCGUGUUUAAAAUGUUUCUUUUGCAUGCCUAUCUAGAUAUAACUUCUGGAAGCUAUCAUACUUUGUUUCCAGGCCAAUCCUGUGAAUGUUUUAAUGGCCGGGCUUCAAUUGUUUAGUUUGUAAUCAAAACUAAUCUCACACUCACAAAAUUGAAAACACUGAUCUGUAGGUUACACCCAUUGUUUUCCUAUUAUGUGGGUCUAAAAAAAGAGACUUACAUGUAUCUGAUUUACUGGAUCUCAGCAGUCAAUUCAUUGGAGAACUGUUAAGCAUGUUGCCCAGGUGAAAGCUCCUUUGAGAUGCUUUGGUAUUGUGUGGGGGGAUAUGUAUUAAGGCCUUUUGUGAUCCAUUUUCCCUUCAGGGUUCUCAGGGAAUCAGUGUGAAGUGAAAGGGGGGCAGUAGGGGCACUGAUCACAUGUUGACCUACUGGAAUCAGCACUUCCAAUUAGCACUUCCAAUCA